GUUUUCCUCUACGCCCUCCUGGGCUACGCCUUCCUGCUCUGUAUAAAUUGCUUGUGUUAGUGAAACAAAAAGCAAAUCCAAUCAAGAGACAAACAAUGGAAAGGGAGCAAAGGGCCUGGUUAGCUCACGUUUUAGUCCUCCCAUAUCCUGCCCAAGGGCACAUCAACCCAAUGCUUCAAUUCUGCAAGCGUUUAGUGUCCAAAGGAGUCAUGGCCACACUAGCUAACACUAAACAUCUCACCAAAUCCAUGAACUUAGACCCUACUAGCAUGAUUGAUCUUGAAACCAUAUCUGAUGGCUUUGAUGAGGGUGGCUAUGCACAAGCAGAAAGCCCAGAAGUUUACUACUCUACUUUCAAAGCUGUAGGAUCAGAAACCUUGGCAAAUUUAAUAAAAAAUCUCAAUGAUUCUGGUCACCCUGUUAAUGCCCUUAUAUAUGAUGGGUUCUUUCCUUGGGCACUUGAUGUAGCCAAGCAAUUAGGAGUACUAGGGGUUGCUUUUUUCACUCAAUCUUGUGCUGUCAGCAACGUAUAUUACCAUGUCCAGAGAGGUCUCCUUCCAGUGCCAUUAUCAGAGCCAGUUGUUCAACUUCCUGGAUUGCCAUUGCUGGAAGCUUCAGAGACACCAUCUUUUAUAUAUAAUGUCAGCUUAUACCCUGCUGCUUUUUAUUAUCUGUUAGUGAAUCAGUUCACCAACAUUGAUGAAGCAGAUUGGGUUCUUCAUAACACUUUUCAGAAAAUGGAGGAAGAGGUUCUGGAUUGGAUGGCUAAACGUUGGAAAUUGAGGACUAUAGGACCAACAGUUCCAUCCAUGUACUUGGAUAAAAGAAAUGAAGAUGAUAAAGACUAUGGCAUCAAUCUCUUUACGCCGGAUUCUAGUGCUUGCAUGAAUUGGCUGCAUGAUAAGCCUAGUGGUUCAGUGGUGUAUGCAUCUUUUGGAAGCCUGGCACAACUUGGAGUUGAACAAAUGGAGGAGCUAGCUGCGGGGUUGAAGGGAACCAAACGCUACUUCCUGUGGGUUGUUAGAGCAGCAGAGCAAUCUAAACUGCCUGGAAACUUCAUAGAGGAGACAUCUGAGAAAGGUUUGGUGGUUGCAUGGAGCCCACAACUGGAGGUCCUGUCACAUGAGGCAAUAGGGUGCUUUCUUACACAUUGUGGGUUCAAUUCUGUUCUUGAAGCUUUGAGCUUGGGAGUUCCAUUGGUGGCAAUGCCACACUGGUCAGACCAACCCACUAAUGCCAAGUAUGUAGAAGAUGUUUGGAAAAUAGGAAUUAGAGCUCGGCCUGAUGAGAAAGGUAUUGUGAGAAGAGAAGUGGUGGAUCUUUGCAUAUGGGAAGUAAUGGAAGGAGAGAAAGGGAAAGAAAUCAAGGACAAUGCAAGGAAAUGGAAGAAGUUAUCCAAAGAGGCAAUUGAUGAAGGUGGAACUUCAGACAGGAACAUAGAUGAAUUUGUGGCUGCAUUAGUUAAAUCCUGAUGUUGUUUCACGUUCAACAACGUCAAAAGUUCUCUUCAUUGUAUGUCUGGAUUAUUAGCUAGAAGUGUUCGGCUCCGUUUUUUGGUAUGGUUCUAUCAAAAAAUUGAAAUCGAAAUCAUGCCUUUAGCUCUUUAAUUUUUAGAAAUUAAACUUGCAACCAAACUUUGAUUUUGUUUCAAUUAUAUUCUAAGCAAUUUCAAUUUGAUUCUAAUUCAA